GGUCCCCUAAGGCCACUCCUGGGGGCAUUGGGGAUCUAGGAGAAGGUUAUGAGUUGGGGAGGGGUGACACCAGUUCUAGGUGCCAGAAAGACCCCUCUGCGGCAUGCAGGGAGGCCAGAGGGAGAGAGAAGUUUGGCAACGUGACGGGUGUGACUGCGACCAGGGCAUGAGAUGAGAAAGAGGGAAGGAGCCAGAAAGAUUGGGGCAGGAGUGGGUGGUGGUGGCAGAAGGAACCGGAUUCAGGGAUCCAAGGGCUUUGUGGAGUGAUGGGCAGGAGGGGGAAGGAGACUACUCAGGCGUCUGGCAUGGGCAAUGGGCGGGAUAGCAGGGUCAUCCCUGGUUUGGGUGGGGGAUAUUGAGCUCAGUUGGGAUAUGUUUGUCAGGGGUCUGGGAGGGAGACUUGGGCUGGAGAUGGUUUGGGUUGUUAUCAGAGAAUCGGUGGCUACUAGUGGAGGUGAGGGAGGUCCUCUUGUGGGAAUGUGCAGGAUGGAGGCUCUAGGAAAAUCGGGAGGAUGGGGAGCAGGAGCUUGCAUGGGCAUCUAAGAGGGCAGUCAGAGAGCUGGGAACCUGGAGUGCUUAUGUGAUCAAGGGAAGAGUUUUCAGAGGGAUAUGGUCUACCAUGUCAUGGCCUUUUGGCUCCCCCCAGACUCUGAGCUGUCUCUGUGCUAGAAGAGUUAUGUGUGUGUGUGUGUGUGUGUGUGUGUGUGUGUGUGUUGUUAUCCCUUUAAAUGGCUGAUGGGAGAGGGAAUUCUGGAACUCUUCCUGCCUCACAGAGACCCAGUCUCCCUUCCCCCACCCCUCUGGGCUCUGUGUCUAAGAAGCCUGAGAGUUAGGAGUGAGUCACUUGUCACUUAGGUGGGUGUGUGCAUGGGGGAGGCGAGGAGGGCACUGGACAGGCUAAAGGGACAUUCCACUGGGGCAUGAAGAUCUUUGAAAGACAGGGAGGUUUCUAAGCGGUGACUCCUUGGGGCAGCCUCCUUGGCAUGGGGGUGAAGCGGAGCCUUCAGAGAGGGGGCAUCUUGCUGGGCUUCUUCGCCAAAAUCCUCAUGAUUCUCUCCACUGCCACCAACUACUGGAUACGCUACCCUGGGGGCCACCGUGGCCUGUGGCAGGAGUGUAAUGCCGGCACCUGCUCCAACAUCCCCUGCCAGACCAUGCUGGCGGUGACCGGGGCGUACAUGGUGCUGGCGGCGGGCUCCGGCAUCGUGGGUUUGGUGAUGGGGCUGCGGAUCCUGUGCCACGAGGGCGACGCGCGGGGCCAGACCACGAGCAGCAUCUUCUUCCUCUGCGGCCUGCUGCUGCUCCUGGCCUUGACAGGCUACACCGUGGAGAACGCGUGGAAAAACGACGUCUUCUUCUCGUGGUCCUAUUUUUCGGGGUGGCUGGCUUUGCCCUUCUCUAUUCUCGCGGGCAUCUACUUUCUGCUGGCGGACAUGGUCGUGCAGAGCACGGAUGCCAUCAGCGGAUUUCCCGUGUACUUGUGAGCCUGCCUGGGGCAGAAUAAAGGAACCGCUUUCACCACC